UACUACCGGGAGACUGGGAGAGAUGGAGAGAGGAAGAGAUUUACAGGAGGGCUGCAGAGUGAGUGAACAGGUAAGCAGAGAGAGAAAUGGGGGUAUGUUGACGGUCUCUUGUUGAUCUCUGUUUCUCACUCCAGUUUCUUGCAGGCCAAUUAACUCCACGCUGUGCUGGUCCCAGCAUCGUCGCAUCCAGGGUGGACUCGAACAGCUGACUGCAGGAUGCAUGGAGUUAAAGCAUUGCCUCCUCUUUGAGCUUCUCCUUCACCUUUGAAAAUGAAGAGUGCAUGUCGGUCCAUGUAUGAAUGCACAUUUAUUUGUGUGUGAAACCAAGACGCUGUUGGCAGCAAAGUGCACUUGAACUAACAAGAAGAGGAGAGAAGAUACAAAACCAGGGAUAGAGAAGAAAAGAAGUCCAAGCAUCUUUCAGGAUGUGAGUAAGCACAAAGCUCAUCUUUACCUUCACAAAAAGCAUCGGAGGAGCAGUUGCUUUAAGGAUGGGCCCGUGUGUCGGUCUGCUACCUCUACUGCUGCUACUUCCCAUCCUGCUCUCUGCUCAGCUCACCACUGUGUCUGAACUUGAGGACACAUCCAGCUUGGAGUUCAGCCCAACUCCUCUUCUUACCAACCCAAAUACUGUAGCAGGGAAAAGCUCGACUUCCAGUGCUCGACCCACCAGUCCGGCUCCAGUAAAAGCGAGCACGGAGAAGGAGCAGUCUGCCGCGGAGAGCUAUCUCUACACCGGAAAUUCAUCUUCUUUGGCUGCCUCUUCCUGCACACAGAGUUUCCAGCUGCCUGUUCGACUGGGAUCUCUGCCUAGAGACCUUCUCCCUCUCUUGCACCAACCCAUAGCAUCUCUGACUAAUGCUGCCAACUUUCUCAACCUGAUAUUCCAAGCUAGUGAGCUGAGAGAAACGAGUGUACAAGAGGAUAUCGAGUGGUACCAUGCACUGGUGCGGGCCAUGCUUGAAGGGGACAGGCCAGGCUUGGUCAGACGAGCUUUUUUAACAUUCGAUGCCGACCCCACAAUCAAACAGCCCCAACUGGUGCUCCGUGCCUCCAAAGGCACAACCCAAGACAUUCUUCUGCAGGACCUGACGUCUGCCUGGAGCAGCUUCCGUCCUCCCGCACCUGACCAACGCUGGUUUGAUAUGUUUAAGUCUAGCUCUCCACCCCUCCAUGCCUUGUCGAAACGGGUUCUUCUAAAUGACCUAAGCACCCUAGACACUCCCAAGUGGGCACGUGGGGAUAGUUAUGUGAUCAAUAGCAGUGGGGUUCGGUGGGGCGAAGCCCCUUUCCUUGAGUGCAUUGAUGGCCGUUUUUUGCCAGGGUGGUUAUUCAGUCUCUCAAUGCCAUUUUAUGGGUUGAAGCCAGACCUCAACCCAGAGUUCAGGGGUGUUAUCCGUGUCGAUGUCAACAUCCAGGGAUUCAAUGUGGAUCAGUGUGCCAGUGGAGACUUCUGGUUUGCAAACACACACCAAUGUAAUCAGACCAGCAUGGAGUGUGAAUCCAUCCCGCAGCAGGGCUUCCGGAUGGGUCAGUACUGCUGCCGAUGUAAAAAGGGCUACUACAGUCCAAAUCCAGACACAGAAAACAAAAGGGGCAACCGUGUGAAUAGUACUCGAGCUUGUUACCCAGAAGUCCCUGUGUGUCUGCCCUGUUGGCCCGGCUGUGAUGAGUGCGAGGAUGGAGCCCCGUGUUGGGUGCAGGAAGACUGGCUUCUGAGGACGGGUGUCCUGGCUGUGCAGGGCCUUUUCAUGAUCCUUGUGGUGGUCAGCAUGUUGCUGGCAUACCAGUCCAGGAGAACCAAGCGGAUCCGAUCGUCAGGGCUUUUGCUGCUGGAGCUGAUCCUGUGUGGCUCUCUGUUGCUUUACUUCCCAGUCUUCAUUUUAUACUUCAAGCCCAGCACUUUCCGGUGUAUUCUGCUCCGCUGGGUCCGUCUGCUUGGCUUCGCCAUUGUCUAUGGAACUGUGAUGCUCAAGCUGUACCGGGUGCUGAAGGUGUUUCUGUCGCGUACAGCCCAGAGAGUACCAUACAUCACUACCACAGGUGUGCUGAGGAUGCUGGGAGUUAUAGUGCUUACUGUCAGCUGGUUCCUGUGUGCGUGGACCGUGGGUGUCCUUCAGAAUCGAGACAGGAAUGUUCCACUGCUGAUCAUUUCCACCACCUCAGGAGGACAAGGCUUCAACGUGUGUGACCUGGACCGGUGGGACUACAUGAUGGCUGUGGCGGAGCUGUUAUUUCUGUGCUGGGGCAGUUUCCUGUGCAGUGCAGUGAAGACGGUACCUUCAGCAUUUCACGAACCGCGUUACAUGAGCAUCGCAAUCCACAAUGAGCUACUGCUCUCCUCUGUGUUUCAUCUUUUCAGAUUUGCAAGACCAUCAGUUCAUCCUGACUGGAUGCUCUUGCUGUUCUUCACUCACACGCAUGUCACAAUUACUGUAACGCUCGGCCUGCUUUUUGUACCCAAGUUUCUCCACAUGUCUCAGACCGGCCGAGAGGAAAUAGCUGCAGAAGUAUAUGAGGAUGAGGUGGACUUGCGACGCUCAUGUUCUUACCUCAACAGUAGUUUCAACUCUAACUGCUGGAGUGACCACAGCCUGGACCCUGAUGACAUUCGGGAUGAGCUGAAGAAACUGUAUUCUCAGCUGGAAGUCCAUAAGACCAAGAGGAUGGCAAACAGCAAUCCCCACCUUCCGAAGAAGCGCAGUUCUCGCCUCAGCAUUGGACGGUCCCUUAUAAGACGGAUCAGUGAGAUCCCAGAAAGUUUAAGCAGACAAUGCAGUCGUGAAGAUAAGGAUGUCAAUGCUGCAAUAGGAAGUAUAACCAGAUCAGGAUCUUAUUACAAAAGUCAUCAGACCACAAGCAUUAACAAGAUGAAUGAAACUUUAAUGCAGCCCUCUCCAAAGCUGCGGAAGUCCCAUAGUGCCUAUGAUUGUACCCCAGAAAGGGAGGUCUCCCUAUUAAACUCCUCCAUAAGGGGCACAGAGAAAAGGGUUUCACUGCAUUCUGACUCAGGAUCCAUCAACGCAACAUUGCUGGUCUGCAAGUCUGCCAGUGCCCACAAUCUAUCGGUAGACACUAACCUUCUACUUCCAGAGCCCAGCAGGUUUCAAAAGUCACUUAGUGUCAUAGAACGCAAUGACCAUCGCUCUGUGACUUCUUGUAGAAGCACUGAACAUUUGUCGCUUGUUGGCAAAGCUGCUCCAGAAGUUAAGCGCCAGCUAACUGUGGAUGUUGAUAUAAAGAGGCAGACUUCAAGUGCCUUGCUCUCAGAGUCAUUUGACAAGGCGGAGGUCUGCCCGUGGGAGGUUCCAGAGGAGCUCCCUGCAAACAAGAACCAAAAACAUGUCACAUAUUCCAUUUCGAAACAAGAAGAGCCCAAAUCACCUGGUGCUACCAUGUCACCAACGAUGUUAUAUGUUUGUCCAUGGGAAUUCUUGCCACCUCCUGCAACAGAAACUGGGAAUGGUAUUCAGUCUGAUGGUGAUUCCACAAAACCCAAGCCUCUGAUCUCCUCUAGCGCUCCAGGGUCACCACACACAAUCUCCGGCAAGAACAAGGGCUUUCAGGUUUUGUCUUUCCACUCCACUACCAAAAGUCUACUUGCAGCGAAAGGCAUUGGGGAAGUUGGAAGAAGUAUGAGCAGAGAGAAAAGCCUACAAGAGAGUAAUGUUAGGGAGGGAACACUACAGAAAUCUUUGUCUACUUCCAUGAGAUUGUGCCCAGGCAGUGCAGCUUCAGACAAGCGUACCCCUCAGACACACAGACGGGCUAUGACUACUGUAGGCACAAAGCCUUGCCUUGUCAAACAAACAGCAGUACGGCUGCCAUCUACUGAUUCUCCUGAAAGGAGUCCCAAACAUUCUGCUCCAGUUCACAUCUGUCCAUGGGAGUCAGAGGAGGUGGUCUUGGAGGUCAGGAAGCAGAAUUUGAAUGACAACGUAUUACAAAGACAGUAUAGUGACAAGCAAGUAAUAUCUGUGACACUAAGUAAUGAUGUCUUCAAACCCCCUGAGUUCCAAGUGAAAUCAUUAUUGGGUGUUCCUAAUACAGAAGUAUGUCCAUGGGAUGUCCCAAAACCUUUUCAGCAAACCAGCAUUUCUGAAGUCUGUCCUUGGGAGGUUGUGGAAGUAGAGCAAUUGCAAACCAAAAACAUACAUACCGAUGUCUGUCCUUGGGAAACAGUUGGUGAGCCAUCAAGAGUCACUGAAGACAAUAUACAUAAUACCAGUGUUGAAGUUCCAAUGUCUGAAGACACCCAGAAGCAGGUAAAUGUGAAGCCUGAAGCAUGCUCUUCUUGUGUACUAGACACAAAUAUCUCUCAGGUUAGACAGGGAUCCAUCAAAACCUCUAGUGACUCAAUAAAACAUGGUGAAAAGGUCAUUUAUGUUAAUGCAAAACAGAGUCCAGUAGACCAAGAGAUGCAGAGACACACAGGUUCAGAGGAACCAAGUUGUAUACUGAAACAAGAAAUGAGUGAUUUUCCUGAACCACCACCUCCUGUGACUGAUGUAAGUUCUUUGGAGUCUGAACCAAAAGACACUACAAGACAGUCAUUAAAAGAGACCAUGCCUAAGAAAGCAACUGUUUGCCCGUGGGAAGCGGAGGAUUCUGGGAUGUCAGAAGAGAAGGUGGGUGCUACAAACAAGGGGCCAGUUCAUGUAAAUGUGUGUCCAUGGGAAGCAAGUGAGUCUGUGAAGACCACACAGAAACAAGAAAGUGUCUGUGGAGAUGUCUGUCCAUGGGAGACAGCAGAGCCAUCAAAGACAAUGCAGAAACAAGAAAGUGUCCAUGCAGAUGUAUGUCCAUGGGAGGCAAGUGAGCCAGUUAAGACCCUGCAAAAGCAAGAAAGUGUCCGUGCAGAUGUUUGUCCUUGGGAGACAGUUGAGCCAGUGAAGACCUUGCAGAAACAAGAAAGUGUCCAUGCAGAUGUUUGUCCUUGGGAGACAAGUGAGCCAGUCAAGACCCUGCAAAAGCAAGAAAGUGUCCAUGCAGAUGUUUGUCCUUGGGAGACAGGUGAGCCAGUGAAGACCCUCCAGAAACAAGAAAGUGUCCAUGCAGAUGUUUGUCCUUGGGAGACAGGUCAGCCAGUGAAGACCCUCCAGAAACAAGAAAGUGUCCAUGCAGAUGUUUGUCCUUGGGAGACAGGUCAGCCAGUGAAGACCCUCCAGAAACAAGAAAGUGUCCAUGCAGAUGUUUGUCCUUGGGAGACAAGUGAGCCAGUCAAGACCCUCCAGAAACAAGAAAGUGUCCAUGCAGAUGUUUGUCCUUGGGAGACAGGUGAGCCAGUGAAGACCCUCCAGAAACAAGAAAGUGUCCAUGGAGAUGUUUGUCCUUGGGAGACAAGUGAGCCAGUCAAGACCCUCCAGAAACAAGAAAGUGUCCAUGCAGAUGUUUGUCCUUGGGAGACAAGUGAGCCAGUCAAGACCCUCCAGAAACAAGAAAGAGUCUACUCAGAUGCCUGUCCGUGGGAGGCAAAACAAUUACCCAAACAAUCUGUGCCACAAGACUGCACUCAUGCCAUCUCAUCUAAAAGGCAAGACAGUGCUCAAGAAUCUGUCCGUCCCAAGGAAAAUGAUAUGGGAACACCACCAGCAACAGAAAGCAGCACAAGUCAAACUGCCCCAGAUAUUAGUGAGAUACACCCUUCAGACACAGGCAUACAUACAGCAGAAGAGAUGAGAGUUAACCCUCCUCUGGCUCGACGUGAUGCACUGUGCCCUUGGGAAAUGGGAGGGGGCAGACAAGAAUCUAUAACAGUGCAUGAUAAUUUAGAUGUCUUCACUUGGGAGGAGACAAUACCAGAGGAAGAUGAUGGUGAUGCAGAAACUGCUGCAGAGGCCUUCAUCUUCCCUCCAGACUUGUGAACUGCCAGGGCAGUAUCAUUGUGCUUUAUACUGAUUUAAAGACUUGUUGUGACAAAAUGGACCACUGGUCACACUUUUCAGCUUUAUGCAGAAUGUCCCUCCAGUGUCAUCAGGGCAAUUCACUGACUGUUAUUUAAGAAAGGACUCCACCUAUGCCAACUUUCUCCCUCUUCAGCUUAACAAACCAUGUCUGAAGACUGACUGCUCUCCUGUGCACAUUCCCUUUUGGCCUUACAUUAACAAAAACACCCCAUUUAAUUUGGUAUUGUUUUGUGUGUAUUUGUGUUCAUAUGGCUAUGUAGAUUAUAUUUUCAGUAAAUCCUUCAUCACCAACAUACCCUGGGUGGAAUGUUUAGAAAGUCUCAUUUAACAAAUUUUCAGUCAAAAAACAUUGGACUAAUAUUACUAAGUAACUAAGUUAAGAGACGAGCUGUCCUGAUAUACACAUUAAUGUUGUUAGUCUCAAAAGUUGUAUGUUUAACAGCUCUUUGGUCUACUCAUGGUUUAGACAAACAUAAAUUUAACAGCAUUUGUAGCAUGUUUCAUGUCUCAAACUGGUUAAUUUACAAAUCUACAGAGUAGCACCAUUUUAUUUUUCUGACAAGGAGCCCAACUACAAAGUUUUCAUUUAAAAAAAAAAAACAUAACACUUAACAAUGUGAAAUUACAUAACACAGACAGUAUGUGUGAUAAAAAAAAAUCUAAUCUUGUUUUAGGGCAAAGUACCCUUGAGCUAUAAAAAUAUGAUGACUAAAUUUGAUUUGUUUUAACAUUAAUUACAGGAUGUUUCAUAGAACACCUUUCUCCUGUAUCCCCUUAUAUGAGGAUGUGAAAUUGAAUGUUCAGGGUUUACAACACAAAUUUUGUCUACGUUUAAUUCAACAUAAUUACAAAUGUUGCUUCUGAAAAAUAAUAACAGAUAUUAGCACAGGUAAUGACCAUUAGAUUGCACUUGUAAUUCCUACCAGAGUUAGACAAUUGAGUUUAUUUUUUAGUUAUUCUAUCAUUUCGACAGAACUUGCAAUGUCAGCUUUUCAAACUAGGAACAUAAAGAUUGUGCUUUUGUAUGAGGUAUGAUUUUUGUAAGAACCAAGUCAAUUUUCAACAGUAGCCAAACGUAGUUUACAUUAACUUCUGUCAAUGUAAAAAAUGCAACAAAUAUUUUUAUAUUUAUUAAAAAUGUGUCAAUUGAUUAUUCUGAUAUAAACUUUUAAACUGCAAAAUGCAAGGUGUCGAUCUUCAUAAAGUUCCAUGUU